GCGAGUGACUUCCCAAAAAGUCAUCCCGAAGCAUUGCGCGCCCUAAUCCGGACGACGACGACGCCGAUUUGACGCGACGCGUGACGCGUGGAUCAGGCGUGUGACGCGACGCGCCACGGGGCGCUAAUUGGAGAAGCAAAUUUGGGCAGCUUUUCGAUUUGUGGGAUUAAGUGCAUUGCCAUCGAGGGGGAAGAGAUACAGUGAGAAGAAAAUAAACCAGUGACGUGAUCAAACGGGGCAAAACUUGUCGAAUUAACAUCCAGCUGCUAAAUUUCCAGCCGGACCACAGAUGAGUGCAAUUUAAGUGUCAAAAGCUUGCGCGAGGGAAGAAACAAACAAGUGGCAGCGAAGAAAAAAAAAGUUCAAGUCCGGAAAUCAGUGAAGUCAUCAUGUCGUCGUACGGAUACGCCACUGCCGAGCGCAGCGGCAGCACCAACUCCGUCUACGACUACCCGGAGCACCUGAAUCCGUUCUACGAGGACGAGAACCACAAGCGGCUGCGCUUUUGGCACUUUGGUGGCCACCGGUCCGACAAGCCCAAGUCCGAGCGCCGGGGCAGCCUGGUCAGCAUCCGCGAUGGCCUGCGCGAUAUGUGGGAAUUCAAGACGUUUCGCGUGAAGAAGAAGCGCUCGUCAUCGCUGGGAGUCACCAAAACUUCGGAGAGUCCACCCCCGUUGAGGAGGGACGACGCCGAGGCGCAUUACAACACCAUUAGCAAUGCGUCGGCCUAUCGGGCCACCAUCAGCCACACCCAGUCGAACACGACGACGCCGAUGUUCCAGCGGAACACGCUGUAUCGGAGCUCGCUGCAGGAUCAGCAGAGGGAAAACGGUAUCGGCCUGUUCCGAAACGAUCGCUACCGCAGCACGAUCCAGAACGGCUUCGCGACUUACGGCGGCGCUGGGCACAACACCAUGGUCACGUCGACGCCACGUUCCCGGUACAACGCGGCAACGGCCACAACCGGGCGGGGAAUGACCGCUGGGGUGUCCCAAACUAGUCUCAAGAGUACCAACCCGUUCGACGACGAAGACGCCCUGGACGACAGUGUCUCGCUGGGCGGUUUCAGUGCCAACGGAACCAUCCGGUCGAGCAUGACUCGGACUAGGAAGAAGCGUCGGGCGCCGCCACCACCGCCAAGAAUGGUCAACACAUCCUCCAACUCGGACACCUCGCAGCUCAGCACUCGCUUGCGUAUCGACGAGACACCUCCAUUGGAGGAAGACCCCAAGGACGUCCAGGAGCUGACCAACCUGACGGCGGAAAUCGAAUCCUUCGUGCGAACCACAUCCGAUGACGCCGUAAACGUCAGCAGUGCUUCCAACCACGAAACGACAACCACAUCGAGCAGUGAUGCCAACAACAAUCGCGUUACAAAUCUGGUCAUUGUGGAGGAGAAGGAUGAAGUCGUUUCCACCGAAACGGGUGCUACCAACGAAGGUGCUACCAAAAAACCGCAGGCACUAAGCGUUACGGUAACGAGUUCGGAACUCCCCGAACCAGUCGAGGAAAUUUCACAAGCUGAAGAGCUUAAAAUCGUUGAAGAACCGCCACCCUUGCCAUCCCCGCGCGCGAAACCGACCCCACCUCCAGUUCCGCAGACUCCUCCGAUCGCGGAGGAGCCUGACUUUGAGAACUUGGCCCUCCCCGAGACGCCGGUUCCGGCCAGACGGUUGAACAAGAACCGCAACCAACCACCUAAACACAACGGAGACAGCGUCCUUCGAAUAAUCGAAUCGUCUGACUCGACGCUGAAGACACCAGAAGAGGACCAAAACAUGGAUUCGAAAGCAAUCAAGCCCAUCAACUACGAGUUUGAGUAUAAAGUGGAACCAAUCAAGACGGAAAUUGACGCCAAGAUCGGCUCGGCCCGGUUGAAGAUCAGCGAGUCGACGAGCGAUGUCAACAUCCCGCCCAACGACGGAACCGAGCGGCGACGCUCCGUUCGCGACAUCAUCGAAUCCAUCAACAAAAGUCAAAGCCUACUCAAAGUCAACCACGACUCCACAAGUACGCUGUACUCGGCCCAAUCAACCGACAGCGUCAACCGGAACAUGCGCGAGCUGAACGAACGGGAGCGCGAAAUCGCCCGCCUUCUCCAAGAAAUGGGCUCCAAUCUGGACGAACCAGUCCCCCAGCCCACCAAGAAGCGCGGCUCCUACUACGACAACGUGCCCGACAACGGGGCCGACGAAAACCUGGACAACCUGCUGAGCAAGUCCGAUCUGCGGGUCAAGAAGAGCCCCACCAAAUCGCUCGGAAUCGAGGGCGAUGACGCGGGCACCUUCCAGGACUGCAUCGACUGGAACCCGCUGCCCAAGCCGCGACGAAGUCGUCAUUUCGCCGAUCCGGCCACUGUCAAUCAGCCGUCAAACGGAGCGGCUACCACUGUUUUGACAGCCGUCGAUCGGAAUGGGAAUAAUCAAAGCUAGCUGUGCUGCUCUCGCAGCUUGGACCGGGUUCGGGUGGAGUGAAUUAGGUUUUAGUUUAUUUAUUCAAUGUGAAUCGACCGUUUGUUGCCUUGCAUCGCGUGCGCGAUGUUUUGAUAAUCCCAAAAUAUUGAUCAUGCUUGACUAGAACUAGAAACUAGCUGUGAGAGAUUGAUGUAAGUUAUUACUUGUUAUCGAUGGCCAACUAUUGCAAUAAAAUCGUCGCCUUAUGAAA